AUGUCGUGGCAAGAUCUGAGGACUAGAUCGAGGAGUGGAUCUUCCCUGACGAGCACCUCUUCCCCGCUGAGCACUCAUUUUGUGGUCGUGCCUACGUCGGCUUCUCCUCCAUUGCCGAUUUACAUCUUAAACUUCGCCACCACCGGGCGUCGAAGAAGGAAUCCGAGAUGGUUGGCCGAUGGUGGUGGGGGAGGGCUGAUUGCGACUAUUCUCCUUAAUCUUUAUUUCUUCUCGCCGCUGGCUACUGGAUAG